AUGAUACACGUGUGGGGCCGUGGGAACAGCACGCUCCCCCUAACGGCUCCGGGUAGGAGAGGUGAGUUGGCAGCAGUUACCAGGGGCACACGUGUCCUGUACUUUUCUUCGCCACCUAAAGUUGCCUAUGGUAGUAUGUUGACUGUGAAGAACGAAUGGGAGAAUCAAGCCAUAUCAACCUACGAGAAGACAAUGGAUAAGAAACUCAGUGUGAAGACAUUGAAAAUGGCUAAAGAGGCUUCUAUAUUACUCAUGAUGGCACAUGAUGGUUUUUCUGUUUCUGAAUUGUGCUUGCAUUAUCUUAUUGCAUCUUCAAACCUUGAUGAGGUAAUUUUAUCAGCUUGUAUUAGUAAGUUGAAUGGUUUAGAGAUGUUGAGCUUGAUUCAGUACCUGGGCAAGUGGUUGAAGAAAUACGACAGAUUUCCUCAAGCAGGGCCUUGUCCUAAAGCGGCAGAGAUGUUGGGUUUGGAGGCUUGUAAGUGGGUUCCUACCCUAGAAGACGUCUUGAAAUUUCUUGGCUUGGUAUUGGAUGAGCAUUUCUCCUCACUCGUGUUGCAUCCUGAGUUCCAUGAAAAGCUGAGGUCUAUGGAAGAACUAGUUAAUUCUUUAUCCUUUGAAGUGAGACUCAGUUGUUCAGUGGCAAAUGUGAUUGAUUGUUUGAGAACAGACGGUAAAGGUGCUUAA